GUUCGCCUUGGCAUCCGCCAGCUCUUUGUUCCAUGUGCGUCCUGUCAAGUCAAUUAUCCUUUUCUCCUUCUCUUCUUUUUUAUCUUCAUUCAUAUUUAAGCUGCUGAGUGAUUGCUGAGCUGUUGGGAUAGUCCUAGACGACGCCUCAUCACGUCAGCAGGUCAAUCUUAGCUCUUACUCUGCGGGGAGCUACCUACUUUGGCUACCCACCACCAAAGACAACCGCUUCUCAGCUCUUCCCAACACCAUUCACAAACCAAUUGACAUCGCCGCCAUGGCCCAGCAGACGCUCUCCGUCGUCGGCGUCGUCCUCGACUCCCUCACGUGGACGCGGGUGCUCGGCUACGGCUUCCUCUUCCUCGUGGCCUCGUUCAUCUUCGACACGGCCAGCCAUCCUCGAUAUCCAAAGGAGAUUCCGUGGAUGGGCAACGGAGGCGGCGGAUGGCUGGCCAAGGUGCGUAAUGGCAUCGCCUACUUUACGCAGCACCGCAACUGGAUCCAGGAAGGCUAUCACAAGUAUGGCAAGCAAGACGUCGCCUUCGUCGCUCCCGCUUCCAUCUCACGUCCCGACGACGUCAUCCUCCCACGCUCCCAGAUCGCCUGGAUGAUGGACCAGCCGGAUAGCGUCCUCUCCGCCGACCACGCCCACAGCCACAUCCUGCACUCGCCGUACAACUUCCUCGGUCACGACCUCGACCGCGAUGCCUUCGCCAGCCGCGCCAUGCACAAGUACCUCGCGCGCCACCUCUCCAGCCUCAUCCCGGACGUCGAGGACGAGGUCAACGCCGCCGUCGACGACGUCAUGGGCACCGACGCCGACGCCGACAACUGGAUCAAGGUGAACCUGUGGGAGAUGUGGCUGGCCAUUGUCCCCCGCGUCACCAACCGCUUGCUCGUCGGCGAGCCCAUCUGCCGCGAGGACCGCUUCCUCCAGGCCAUGGUCAAGUUCGUCGACGACGUCAUCCGCAACAGCUUCCUGCUCAAGAUGUUCCCGCUCGUGCUGCACCCAAUCGUCGGCCGCCUGCUGGCCAUCCCCAACUGGCUGCACUGGCGCGCCGCAAGCCGCUUCGUCCUGCCCGUCAUCAAGCAGCGCAUCCACGACAUGGAGCAAAAGGAGCUCGGCAACCCGGAGUACAAGCACUGGACACCGCCGGAGGACUUCAUCACUUGGGAUAUCCGCCUCGCCCGCCUCGAGCGCAACGCCUUUGAGCUCAACCCAGCCGUCAUCUCCAAGCGCUUGCUGCCCAUCGAGUUCGCCGCCAUCCACACCACCGCCCUCACCGGCCAGUCGCUGAUGCUGGAUCUCCUCACCACUUGCCCCGAAGACGGCGUCCUCGAUGCCCUCCGCGAAGAGAUCAGCGCCCACAAGCCUGCUGAGGGGCACUGGACCAAGAUUGGCCUUGCCUCCCUUCUGCGACUAGACUCGUCCAUCCGCGAGUCGCAGCGCCUCAGCAACUUCGCGGCCACCCUCGUCGAGCGCCAGGUCAUUACUCGCGAGGGCCUACACAACCCGACUCUCGGUUGGACGCUCCCCUAUGGAGCCUUUGUGACGGUCAACCUGGAAGGCACGCACCAUGAUGACGAGCUGUACCCCGGCGGCCAGGGCUAUAACCCCUGGCGAUACUCGCAGGUCCGAGAGGCGUGGGAGCAGAAGUCGGAGGAGGAGCGACAGGAGAACCCCGAAGAUGGUACCAAGGCCAGAGGACUCGGCAUGGUGACGACGAGCGAUCGUCAUCUGGCGUUUGGCCACGGAAGACACGCAUGCCCCGGUCGCUUCUUCGUCGCCCACGAGCUCAAGCUCAUCAUGACCGCCAUCCUGCUAAAAUACGACAUCAAAAUGAUGGAUGAGCGGCCUCAACCCCAGUGGUUCGGCGCCACCAUCAUUCCGCCUCUAGACGCCAGCGUCGAGAUCCGCCGGAAACCUGGAACGGCUUGAUAUACCCCAGGAUGAUCUAAUUUGGACAGUUUAAUAUGUUGGAUGAUGGCGUGGCGUUUGGGGUGCUGUAUAUGACACUUGGACGGAUUAAUUA